GUUCAACCUCAAAGAUCCAUCUGAAGACGCAGUGGGUCGCCCAGGAAAUCCCUUGACAGUUGAAUAUUUUGACUACUCUAGUUCUUAGUUUUGAUGUUAUUUCGUUUUUUUGGUCUUGUUUUAUUUUCAAUUAGAACGUUACAGACGAACAUCUCUUCAAUAGGCUUCCGGUAGAAGCUUUUUCGGGGCUAUUAGUUAGGCUACUUAACAGUUUUAUCGACUGGUCUCCAGAAGUGAAGAUAAAGGAAACGGAAAAGGAAAGUGUGAGGAGACGGAAGGCAAUACAUACCUUGUACAAAACAACGACCUGUAGGAUUUAAACAAAAAAUAUAUGUGUUCAUGUUAAUCCUAUCAAACAGAAAAUAGAAGUCUUCAGUCUAACAAAUAUGAAAUGACAUGCAUUUCAAAGCCAGCGCAGACUUAAACUGCUCUCGAAUUGGUUUUGUAGUUGACACGUUUUUUUUAUAUAUCUCAUUUUAGUUUAUAUUUUUGUAUCAUUAUUUUAUUCCCAUAUAUGCGGAAUAAAAUAUUUACAUUUACAUUUAAGUCAUUUAGCAGACGCUCUUAUCCAGAGCGACUUAUAUCUUGCAAUGUGCGGAUUAAAAUAGUUGGUUUUGAUGUAAACAAAGAAAUUUGCUAAGUUUAUUUGAGACAAUAAAAUAGAUAGAAUUACGACCAAAAAUAAAGUUUCAGCAAUAUAUCUAGUAGGCCUACUUGUGUCCUUCGGUAAUUGUAAUGCAAAGUUGAUGUGACAUAUAGGCUACACAUGCACUCUUGAUGUAUAGGCAUUACAUGCAUUGAAGACAAAAGCAGAGACACCUGCCACUUUGUCCGGGACUUCGCGAGCUUCGAAUCCGACACUGUUUUCUCCACAGGCUACACCAAAAAACAAUAACGGUCAAGUGACAGAACCUGAACAGAGAUCUUUUUUUCCGGUUGCAAAAUGUUGUUCUCCAAAGUGGACUAUAGCAAAGUUUCGGUCAGCAAACUACAGUGAGCUAUAUGAAGAUCGAGACACAGAUUUUCUCUCGCAGAAAUGCCAGUGCGAAUGCCAGUGCGAACCACAAGGUUCAUGUACAAGGGAAAUUGCACUAUUCCAGAUAUCCUAUCAUACCGGACCCCCAUUAACCUGCCCGAGGAUGAGGUGGAAGAGAUCCGUGAGGCCUUCAAGGUGUUUGACCGAGAUGGAAACGGAUACAUCUCAAAGCAGGAGUUGGGGGUGGCUAUGCGGUCACUGGGAUACAUGCCCAAUGAGGUGGAGCUGGAGAUUAUUAUCCAAAGGCUGGACAUGGAUGGUGAUGGCCAGGUUGACUUCGAGGAAUUUGUUGCACUGCUUGGACCUAAACUUAUUGCUGCUGGGAUGCCUGAUAAAUUCCAUGGGGCGGAUUUUGACUCAGUAUUUUGGAAGUGUGACAUGUCGAAGCUGACAGUGGAUGAGCUGAAGAGGCUACUGUAUGACACCUUCUGUGACCACCUCACCAUGAAAGACAUUGAGAACAUCAUCAUGACCGAAGAGAGCCACCUGGACAGUCAAGCGUGCCAAGUGGACAUUGACACCAGCCCAACACAACAGAAGCACACAUGUGUGCGGAAGAGCCUGAUUUGUGCCUUCGCCUUUGCAUUUAUCAUCAGCGUAAUGCUUAUUGCAGCUAACCAGAUGCUUCGUAGAGGUAUGAAGUAGAACGCCCCGUCCUCCACUACCAGAAGGGUUGUUUCCUUUGUUAUCCUUUCACACUCAACCCAGUGACUAAGCAUAGACAAAUUGAACUGAUAGAUAGGAACCAGAGACAUAUAUUUAAUGACCAUUCUGUCCUGAGAUCCAUUUAGAGCCAAAACACAGACUGAACACCCUGAUACCAAAACUGUCAACUGGACUAAUGGUUAUAGGCCAGGAACCUGAGGAACAAAAUGUCUUGUUUACCCUUCACCAUUACUUUCAGAUGUCCUGAAGGUUACCACCAAACACACUGUAUCAUACACAAAAAGAAAGAACAAAUACUAAGCAAUUAUACAAUCUCUUUGAUUCAACUCACCAUAAUGUUGCCCUAUACCAUUCACAAGGUAAUUUAUUAGCCUUCUAUUUCCUAUGAGAUAAAUGAGUAAAGCUGUAGUGUCUGUGCUCUAUUGCUAACCAUGUUGUCUGAAACAUAUCGACAUUACGAGUGUAUAUCAUGUGGCAUUACAGCCUGCCCUUGCAAAGCACGUAGCCAACGGCAUUUUUUUUCCCUACAUACAUUUGUAUUCAACAGCACAUAAAGAACAGGCACAGUACAUACACAACAUAACUCUGCAGUACCAACGGCAGUUUCUAAAGAAAGUAUCCUACCUGUUGUAGAGAAGGAAUUUAGAGAUGUGGAGAUAUCAUUUGGGGAAUUUAGAGAUGUGGAGAUAUCAUUUGGGGAAUUUAGAGAUAUCAUUUGUGGAAUUUUGUAGACACAGAUAAUAAUAGUUAUCAUCAGCAAACCUGAGAUGCAUCUGCCAAUCUCUAUCUCUUGAGUCACUGUUCCGAUUGCUGGCUCACCCCAAUUCAGCACAUGUACAUGUAAAUAAUACCACGUAGUAUGAUUUGUGUACUUCCUCUGUGGUGUUUACCUUCAAAGUCAGAUGUAUUUAUUGAAAUGAUUAUGCAAAUGAUAGUAAUUAUUGCAAAAAAGUACACCGUAGAUUAACGUUUUGUGUAAAUAUUUCUAUUCUGCGAAUGUGGAGACAGUUUCAAAGGACAUUUAAACAUAUUUUUCGAUUGGCUUCUGACAUGGUCCACCAAAAACAACAUUAAGCUAUUGUUUAGAUGGUUCUAUUUUCUUUAUAGAAGAAGAGAUACUUUAUAUCAAAGAUCAAGAUAUCAAGAAUGCAAACAUAUACUUUUUUUUUUUAAAUGCGGGUUCUUAUGUAUGAUUCCCAGGUUUACUGAAACAUCAGUCUAACACAUUUAGUAACCUGCUAAUUGCCAUGUACUUAAAUUUGACAUUUUGCUCUUUUGUCAUAAUUCUUUUUUAGAAAUCUAUGUUGUCUCCUUAUCAUAUAUGAAGAAUUUAACUAUCAUUUUAAUGAAAUGCUAUAUAUAUUCUCUUGCUCUUUUUAUCACAAGCUGAAUCAAGUCUGUAUCAUACCAGAAAAUAGUAUACUAACUAAUGAAAAAGAACAGGGCUUGCAAUAGUCUACCUUGAUGAGGGUGACAAAAUGUUGCUCGGUUAUCUGUUCAUAUAUGAGAAAUAACUAUUUGACAUUAUAUGGAUUUGCGCAAAUGUGAAAUAGCCAGUGUAAUAGACAAUACAUACAAAAAUAGCAAAGCAAUGAUAUUGUAUAUGACCGAUGUUACAUUGCAUUAACGAGGAGAUAUAUGUUAAUGUACAGUUUGUUGAGAGUGAUCUGAUGUUUUCUCAUAUCCCUCAAUGUGUUGUCAUAUGAAGCAGUUUUGUUCUCUAUAUGUGACUGUGAUCUUCAUCAAGUCAAACAUAGUGCAGCUCUGAUACUUUGUGCCAAACGCGGGGGGAAAUGCACAUAUCAAUCAUUUCAGAAUAACAUGUUUUAGGGAUCGAAUAUCCUUGAUAGAAACAUAACUUGCAAACAAAUGCAUUUCUUAUCCGAAAGAAAUGUCUUGCAAAUAAAAACUAACGCAAUAUACUGUAUACUGUAUGGACAUGGUGUAUAGAAAUGACCUCUCAUGUGAACCUUCAAGUGUCCUCGCACUGUCUGUUGUUGCCUUUGGUUGAACGUUCCAAGGCCUUCUUUCGGCAUCAGUAAUCUCACCCUAUGCACGGUAACUGCACAUGGGUACCCUUCACCACAUCAAAUAUACAUUUAUAA